UGAUGUAUAUUCUCUAUUUCUAUAAACUGAAAAAGAUGGAAAUAAGAGUAGACUGCUUGACAAAAAGAUGGUCUGUUUGGACCCUCCAAAUCAUUCAGAACUGCCUCAGUCUAACAGAACUCAAGGUAGAGGCUGACUUUUUACUGGAGGAGGGAAUCAAGAUCUUGAAAAGGUCAUGCACAAGACCUGCCUGUGUUAUGAGAUUUGACGGGUUGGUUUGCCAUAAAAACUUUCAAAAAUGCAGAGAUUAUAAGGGCCGUGAACUAAGCUGCAACCAGAUGGUGAUGAUUCAUGUGAGUUCUCUGGGCUUUUCUAUGGAGACAUGGCGGAAGCCCUUGUUUUGAAAUGGAUGGUACUGGCAUGAUAACUAGGAGAAAGCUACAAAAGCAGCAUCUUGACUUAGAGCUGUGGAAAGAGAUGACAACAUAACCCAAAUGUAUAUAAAAUGUAGUUAGGUGUUGUAAUGUACUAAUUGACAAGUCAAUUUAUUUGUAUAACUCUUUUCACAAUACAUAUUGUUUCAUGAUGUUGAUGCUUAAUUUUUGGUAGUUUAGAGCUGGGUAAUAGUAUAGUUGACAUUUAAUGAGGAGGAUAUAAUUGUAAUUUUAAGUUGGGGUUAUUAGCCUAAUUAUGUUGGGAUAAAGAGGAUUCAUUUGACAUUGGAUAGUGGAGAAGAAAAACCUUGGGAGAAACCAGGCUUCACCAGGGGGCCAGUUCUCCUUUGGAUAUACAUUCAAAAUAAAAUAUCAGUUAAUAGAUUUAG